GAUCAGCAACCGAACAACAACUAGUCUGUGCAGUGCAUGCCGAUCUUCAGACAAAUUUCGCACAAACAAGUCUAGCGUGUGGCAAGCGAGUGUGCAGUACAGUCUGCACCUUCUCUCCAGCGUGCAUUACGGGUCGGCCUCCAACCGACGGUCCCAGCCAGUCCAGCGAUACGACCCAGUGAAAGUUAAUCUAGUGCGCGAACGAGUGCCGUCCCGGUGUCUCCGACAGUGGCUGUACGUGGAGCAGGAGGCAAAGCGUGAACCAGUGCCAAUAAUGACCACUUUGUCACAUCCUUUCAAAGACAGUCCGGAGCCGCUGGAAGUGCCCAAGCAGUAUGCCGCCGACGUGGACGCACUGUACGAAUGGAUAAAGGACCAGCCACGGUUUCCGGCGUUCUCCAAGAACCAUGCGCACCUGUUCCUGCACGCCUGCCUGUGGCAGUUGGAGGACGCCAAAAAGGCGCUCCAGAAGUACGCACAGAUCCACGCCAACUCACCGGAAAUAUUCGAUAACCGAGAUAUUAUGAGUGCCGGCGUACAGAUGACAUUGAAUGCCACCCACAUGGUGGCCUUGCCAAGGACCACUCCGGAGGGCUACCGGCUGCUGUACUACCGGCUAUCCGAUACGGAUCCAUCGAAGAUGAACUUUGCCGAGGCCGUCAAGUCGUUCUGCAUGUUCAACGAUGUCCAGAUCAGCGUGGACGGCAUCAUGGAGGGCUACAUCGUCGUGUUCGACAUGAAGGGCGUCCGGUUGGGGCAUCUGGCACGUGUCCAGUUCGGACCGUUGCGCGUCUUCAUGAGCUACAUCCAGGAUGCGCACCCGGUCCGGCUGAAGAAGAUCUACAUCGUGCACACGGCCUCGUUCAUCAACCAGGUGAUGGCACUGGUGAAACCACUGAUCCGGUCCGAGUUGCUCGGUUUGCUGCAGUUCACAACGGCCGGUCCGGAGGAGAUCGUAGGUGUUGACUAUCUACCGAAGGACUUUGGUGGUCCGUUCGAUGAGGUCGCUACGAUGCACGCCGAACAGAAGCGUCGCCUGGAAACGGAGUACCGCGAAUGGCUGCUAGAUUCCAGCGCUCUGAAGGAAGCUCCGAAGCAGAAGCAGGGUGCUGGUAGCACCGCGAACGCCAUCAAACCACCGGUGAAGGCUUUCCGGGGGCUGGAAAUUGAUUAGUGGCCGCGAGCAGAUCAGCUGCAUGGUUUACAGUGAUAUUACUACUCUCGGGGAAAAGGGGGAGGGAGGAAGGGAUGCUAGUGGUAACCACGGGCCAUCACGAUGAUGCUGAGAUGCCCAGCGUGAGAACGCCUUUUCCUCUUCACUUCGUCCGCAUCCUAAUGACCGGGAACUGGAAAUUGCUGGCAGGAUGCGGACCAGCAAACCCGGGACACAAUCGUUUUGUUUUGAUUUCGUUUCAUUUGGAGGGAAUUUUUGUUUUGUGAACCUUUCAUCCAUUGUGUAUCUGUAUCUACUCAGUUUAGUGCCUUGUUAAGGUCGGUUUUGCUCUUUUGUAUGUAACCCUUUUUUGUGUGAGUGUAUGUGUUAUUGUGUAUGUAUGUGUGCACGCACACGCCCUUGUCCGGGCGCGGUGUUUGCACGGCGGAACCGGAACCACCGUUCUAGUUGGAAUUGUAAAUAAAGACAAUCGAAGCGCCUGAAGCACGCUGCCGAAGGCGAAGACA